CUUUGGAGAAAUCUUCAUUAUUAUAGAAGGAAGUAAGGCAAAUUUUAAGUUUGUGAGCCAAAUAUGGGAAGCUUGAAUACAAGUUAGAACAGGAGAAAGAAGACUAGAGAUUGAUGUCAUGGUUCUUGUUGAUAGAGGUGUUGUUUGUAUUGACGAGUUUGAUGAGAUGAAUGAAUGACCAAGGUUGCCUGUCUAUACAUGAGGUUAUGAAGCAGCAGACUUUAAGAACUGCUUAAGCUGUAAUGCAUGCAUCAUUGAAUGCUCGGUGCAGCAAACUUUAUUUGGGAAGCUUUACUUCAUGUCAUAGCUUCUGUUAUGCAUAUUUCAAGCCUUUCCAGAGCAGGGCCUCAAGAAAACUUGCAGUGCAAAUGCUAAUUAGACGAGGCAACCAAGCAUUACGUUGCACAGGAGCAGCUUUGAGUUUAUGCUCAGGCUUGCCAAGUUUUUGGUAGUCAGGUGAUGGUUCUUGAAUUAUAUCCUCAGUUGGAGUGUCAUGCACAAAAGAGACUGUAAUGAUUAGUCUUUGCAUCCAUAUUUUGAUCUUCAAUCUCCUAUACCAUGUUGAUACUUGCCGGCAGAUGCUUCUUUUUAGAGUUAAAUUCUCAUGCUCCGUGGCCCAUUUUACAUUUCAUGGAAGAAAUAACAUUUAUUCGGUCAUAUAAAUGAAUAGGAUUAUCAUUA